AUGGCGGACACUCCCUCGCUCAGUAUCACCAUGCUUGGUGCCGGCCAAGAGGUUGGCAGGUCAUGCUGUGUACUACAGUACCGCGACAUUACCAUCGUACUGGACACGGGUGUACAUCCAGCGCAUAGCGGCAUGGCUUCCCUGCCAUUUAUCGACGAACUGGAUUGGAGCACUGUCGACGCGAUUCUAAUCACACACUUUCACCUUGACCAUGCGGCUGCAUUAACAUACAUCACCGAAAAGACCAAUUUUCGUGACGGACGAGGGAAAGUAUAUAUGACUCAUCCAACGAAGGCUCUGCACAAAUUCAUGAUGCAAGACUUCGUCCGCAUGAGCAAUACAUCUGCAGACUCCAUCAUUUCACCCCUCGACCUGUCCAUGUCAAUAUCCUCCAUCAUCCCUGUCGCCGUACACCAACUUAUCACACCAUUUCCUGGUUUCUCGUUCACGCCGUACCAUGCCGGACACGUAUUGGGAGCUUGCAUGUACUCCAUGGACCUCGCGGGCCUGAAGAUAUUAUACACCGGCGACUACUCUCGAGAAGAGGAUCGGCAUCUCGUGAAGGCCGAAGUACCGCCCGUCAAACCCGACGUUCUCAUUUGCGAGAGCACGUUCGGUGUGCACAACCUGGAGGCUCGCGACGAGAAGGAAGCGCGCUUUACUACCCUGGUCCACGCUAUCAUCCGAAGAGGUGGUCACGUCUUACUACCGACUUUUGCUCUGGGUCGUGCCCAGGAACUUCUACUGAUUCUUGACGAGUACUGGAAGAAACACCCGGAUCUUCAGACUGUCCCGAUCUACUACGCCUCUAGCUUGGCUCGCAAGUGCAUGGCGGUUUAUCAAACAUACAUCCACACGAUGAAUAACAACAUCCGGUCUCGCUUCGCGAAGCGGGAUAACCCAUUCGUCUUCAAGUACAUCUCCAGCGUACCCCAGACGCGUGGUUGGGAGCGUAAGAUCGGAGAGGGGCCACCCUGCGUCGUCCUUGCUAGCCCGGGUUUCAUGCAGACAGGGCCCAGUCGCGAGUUGUUUGAGAUGUGGGCUCCGGACGCCAGGAACGGACUGAUCAUCACCGGUUACUCCGUAGAAGGGACUCUGGCGCGGGAUAUCAUCCUCGAACCCGACGAAGUACAGGGCGUCAAGGGCAACAUCAUCCAGCGGAAAAUGUCCGUCGACGAAGUCUCGUUCGGUGCACACGUCGACUACCAACAGAAUUCUGAGUUCAUUGAGCUCAUCGGGGCACCGCAUGUUGUGCUUGUGCAUGGAGAGGCCAACAAUAUGGCCAGGUUGAAACAAGCGCUACAGUCCAAGUAUAAGGCCAGAGAUGAAGACAUCAAGGUUCACACUCCCCGGAACCUUGAGACGCUCAAGUUGACUUUCCGUGGAGAGCGCGUCGCAAAAGCCAUCGGUCAUCUGGCAGACAAGCCCGCCAGAACUGGGGAUAUCCUGCAGGGCCUGCUUGUAGCGAAGGACUACUCGUAUACUCUUCUUGAGGGGCGCGAUCUGCGGGACUUUGCGGGAUUGUCGACAUGCGUCGUCACGCAGAGGCAGAAGAUCUUACUUACGGUGGGCUGGGAGCUCGUCCGAUGGCAUCUAGAGGGCAUGUACGGGAAUGUGGAUGAGGGAGUGGACCAAGACAGUCACCUAACCUUCCGAGUCAUGGGCGUGGUUGACGUGAAGAAGACGGGCGAACAGGAGCUGACGCUUGAAUGGGACUCGAGCGCCGCGAACGACAUGAUCGCAGACUCAACACUCGCAGUCCUCACGCAUAUCGACCGGAGUCCCGCGUCUGCUAAGUUGACCUCUGGCUCGCACUCUCAUUCCCACAGCCACAGCCACGACCACCCUCAUCCGCACUCAGACUUCGACUACAGCCAGAACCCGAUGCUGCGCAUACAGAAGCUCAUCAUGUUCCUAUCCGCGCACUUCGGCGACGACGUCGAGCUGCAUAACUGGGACGACGGCGAAACCGAACCGAAGGAAGUGGAGCAAGGCGAGGAGGCGCAGAACGAGGAUCCUUCCAUCUUCAUUUCGCUCGACGAGGCCGACGCGAGGAUAAACCUGACCAAUAUGACCGUGGAGAGCUCAAGUAAGACGCUGCGUAGACGCGUAGAGACCGUGUUGGACAUGGCACUCACGACGGUUACCUCGCUGUCCGAGACGUUCAUAUCAACUACUCGCCAGCAGGAGCAAGCGGCCAUCGACGCCGAGAAGGCUAUCACGGCUCAGAUGAACGGGGUUGAUCUUGACAAGGGUGUAGAAGAUAUCGUUGUUGGUUCGGAGACGACCGCGGCGCCAGCAGUAGCCGACUCAGCCGAUGCGCCAGUUAACGGCGAUGUGGUGGAGGGACCAUAG